AUUUUUUGUGAUAUCUCUUUCGCUCACUAAAAAUCAAAGCUAUUACAUGACUUGCUUCUCGCCGCUUAAAACCAACGAACAGACCGGCCCUCGACAGUAGUGACAAUAGUAGUUUCAGACAAAGCGGAACAAGACGUUCGGUCAAUCAAACGUUAGGUGACAAUAAUAGAAGACGCAAUAAAAAAACAUUUGUGAAAAAAAAAAGAAAAAAAAAAAAAAGAACAGUGCAAAAAAAUGCCUGAAGAAUAUUUGAAAAUUGUUCAAGAUCCCAAGACAAAAAUAUGGAAAUCGGUUAACUAUCCAUAUGGAGAUGUCACAAAAUUGUCCAUGGGAGAAAAGUUUCUGCAAACGAUGCGUACAAUUGAUGCGAAUAAAGUUAUUGAUCAUUUCUACGAUACAAAUGUUAUAAAAACGGCCAAAGAUGUCUACGAAGAAUCGAUUCUGAUUGCCUUGAAUCUACAACGUUUGGGCAUCAAGAAGGGCGAUUGUGUCAUCUUUUAUUCAAUGAAUAACGAAUGGAUAUCGGUGUUGACAUUCGGUUGUAUUCUAAUCGGUGCACUGCCGAAUUACAUUGAAGUUCAUUUGGAUGAGGAAUCGACAUCGGGUUUAUUUGACCUUCUGGAACCUGCGGCAAUUUUCUAUGAGGAGAAGUACCUAAAUAAAAUCCAAUCCAGUCUUGCCCAAAGCAAAGCCCAGCCACUCCUAGUUGCAAUCAAUGGCGUCCAACAACCCAAUGUCAAAAAUGAUCUCCUAAAACAACCCGAACACCCUGUAGAUUUUGAUAAUUUCAAAAGUGUUGAAAUCAAAGAUACCCGUGAAGAAAUCGCCCUCUUGGCUUUGACAUCCGGAUCAACAGGUCUACCGAAGAUCGUACAAAUUACCCAUGCCCUGAUGAUACAUGGCAUCACGAUUUGGUGGGACAAUGAUGAGAACUAUGCACCCUUGAAUGAAAACUCUGUGGUAUUCUCCUUCAGUCCUCUGCGUUGGAUCAGCCAGGCGGCUGUUAUGUUCCAAUCCAUGCUCUUCGGAAUUAAAAGGGUUAGUUCAUGUGGUGUGCCUACGGGGAAGUAUGGUUUGAAGCUAUUGCGCAGCAGUGGUAUUACCCAUAUCUUUGUGGCGCCCUCUAUAUUCUAUGAUAUUCUAUUGGAAUUGGAUGAUGGCGAUAGGGAAAGUUUGAAGUGUCUUCGUAGCAUCCAGUUGGGCGGUGAACCGGCCACUAAAGUCAUUUUGGAAAUGUCCAAGAAACAUGCAGUUAAUGCCAAGAAUUUCCAUUGUUAUGGCAUGACAGAGAUGAGUACGGUGAUAUGUAAUGAUUUGUAUGUCAAUGGUGGUAAGCCACUGCCGGGUUAUGAGAUACAAAUCCUGGAUGAUCAGAACCAGCCGUUGGGUGUGAAUCAACCGGGCCAAAUUGCGGUGAGACCACCAUAUCCGCUGAAGGGUUACAAGUCGUUGGAUAACUCUGUAUAUUACAAUGAAUAUGGACUUUUCGUAAAUGGUGACUAUGGAUUGGUCGAUGAGCAGGGGAAGCUUCAUGUCUUGGCCAGAUAUAAGGAUUUGAUUAAAUCCAAUGGGGAAGUGAUAAUCCCCAAUACCCUGGAAUAUAUCACCAUUAAUUUGCCCGAGGUUUAUGUGGCCCGCAUGGCUGGUUAUCGCAAGACGCCAAAUGAUCCCAAUGAGGCAGCUGCCUUUUUCGUUGUCCUUAAUUCAAAUGUAACGGCCAGUCAUAAGGAAAUCUCUGCAAAAAUCCUGGAGACUUUGAAACCCCAUCUGAACGAGAGACAAUUAGCAAUGAUCGAGCAUAUCCAUUUUGUGGAUUCCGUACCAUUGACCACAUGUGGUAAAGUUGAUCGUGUGGCUUUGAAAAAAUUAGCCGCAUGUAAAGCGUGAUCUGUGUAGCUGUACAUUAUAGCGAUGUAUCUUUUAAAUGUAACCAAAAGUUGUAGAAAAUAAAUAAAGUAAUUGUAAACUGUA